AUGGAGACGGCGGGGCAGGGCCUGCCGGGCCGGGCCGGGCCGGGCCGGGGGCUGGGGCUGCGGGUGCUCGGCCGGUCUCGCAGGCCCCGCCGGCCACCCGCGCCCUUGGUCCCGCCUCGGAGCCUCGGCCCCGGCUCCGGCCCCGGCACGGGAGCUGCUCUUCCCUCGCGGAAGCGGUGCCGCCUGGCCCGCGGCAGCGCAGACGCCCUGCCUUGCCCUCGGGCUGGCCGGGCCGCCUGUGGCCGGAGAAAGCCCCAUUGUGGCCUGAGUGCGCCCCGCAGCCAGUCGGGAUUUCUCUCGCAGAGAGAGGCCUUUGUUCGCCUCACCCCAUCUGACUGCCCCGUGCUCUGUCCCAGCCUCAUUUGCUCCCCAAGCCCCAACCUGGGUUCCUGCUCUGGCAACAAGGAGCAGGACCCUGAGUGCCUUGUUCAAGUUCAGUGUGGACCAGCCUGUGGGCCUGGAGUCUCCAGGAGCCACGGUCCCCGCGAGGAGCAGAAGCCUGGCGGAGAGAAAGAACCUCCAUGGGAGGUGGAGGACACAAGUGAUGGGGUCAGAGUACUGGCAGCAGAACUGCUUCCUCUUCUUCUCUUGCCUGUGGAAUGGGACCUUUCCCCAAGCUCCUGUCUCUGGGCUUUUGCUUUCUCACUCUACAAUGUCUUCCUCAGCCAUCCAUCCUGAGCUGGAGUGUACCCUUUCUUUCUGUAUUGGACACCCCGGCCCUGAGCGUGCAGCCCUGACUGCCUCCCCAGAUGUUGAUAUGGCCCCGGGGGUGGCCGUCUUGAAGGAGGCCUGAUCUAUAUCCUGCCAGUCAGUGGAUGCGAUAGAGCUGCUCACCACCAAGACAUCUGCUGAAUGUGAAGGCUGGAGCAACAGCAACUCUCUUGGUCCAGCAAGAGGACUGGUCUAGCAACCCUCUUGGUAAUCUUGAGGGUGGAAGGUACACAGUAAGAAGGUGGACCAAGCAAGGAUGGAAGGACCCUGGGUCCCAUGAUUGGAGCUGUCCGGCAGCCACCAGACCAGACUAUCGCCAACCUCUCAAAUUCCUUUAUGUGAGGGAAAAUAACACUAUGUGUGCCCAAAU